CACAAUGCAGUGUCAAAGACUCAAAGUCAAUUCAUUUUUUCUCUACGAGUCAAUUUCAGUGCAGUCAAUUUAAUUUUACUUCAAAAACAAUAAUUUCUACAGCAUCCGAAUUCCCUACAAUACCAUACACAGGGUAAUGGAUCAACCAACCAACCAACCAACCGUGGAAUCAGACACAACCUUGAUAACGCCACUCGAAUUCCAACCUUACGACUGGAUGACAGAAGCUAAAAUAUACAACAAGAACUUCUCCCUCAUACCCUCCAAAUGGCUCCUAGAUAACGCUGAUAUCCUAGUACUUUUGUUUACCGCGAGGAACGUGGACAAGAACGGAGUACUAGGGGAAUUCUUUGAAUACUACGAAAGUGCUAAACAAGUGAAUGUACCAAUAGAGGUUAUCUACAUACCUAUGGACGAGGAAAAGGAAGAUUUCCUCGCGAGCUUCCAAGACCAAGCUAAUUGGUUCACACUACUGUUUGACGAUCCUGAAAUCCUGGUACUUAAGCACAUGUACGGUAUCAGUUGUAUUCCCUACAUCAUUGUCACAGACACAUCUGGCAAUGUGAUAAGCUAUAACGGCAUACAAAAUUUGGAGCAGUACAAGAAGAAUGCAAUUUUAAGCUGGUUGCCCACUUCCAAUGGUAAUUUGAAAGAGCGUGUGUUCAAAGAUGAUGUGGCCAUGUAUGGCGAUAUUUGGGCUUACAAAGAUACUAGCCCAAGACUGAAUGCCAAAGAGAAAAAGGAGGAAAAGAUAAAAAGAGCCAAGAAUAUACUAUCCACUAGGAUGACAAGUCGUAGCGAUAAAGUCCCUUCAAAGUAUUCUGAAUUUUUUAACGCUUUGAGAGGACCUAGCAAUGUCCAAGAGGGUGGCUGCUACAGUCAAUAUAGUGCUUCUAAGCAACUUGAGAAUGAGAAUCAUUAAACAUAGCUAGUGCUACUGUCAUAGGCAAAUUUUGUUUUUAUGUUUCUUUUGACAAAUUUUUUAAAAUAUCUAGAUUAGUAUUUUUUCAAUAUUUCUGAAAAGACGUAAAACUGCUUAUAUGACUGUACCUAUCUCCACGAUACGGACCCAUUUUUCCAUCGUUCACGAUUUUGUGUAUAUAGAGGUAGGUACUUACACCUAGCGACACCUCUUGUCGAGUAGUACAACUAAAAUAUAAUUAAAGUACAAUGACAUAAAAAAGUGAAUAAAUAUCUCUUUUUGUUUUUUUUAAUAACAAUUAAUAAUAAUAAUAAAUAUGUACCUUUGCCUAUCUA